GUCGGUAGACUCCGUGGAAUCACGAUGCAUAUAUUGCGAAGAUAUCGAAGUGUCGACGGAUCAGCGAGAAGAGCGCUGCUCCCCUCCGCGAGCCUCUAGAGAAAAUUGUAUUGCUGUCAGUAGUCGAUGAACAAAGUGUUCUGUCGGCUCGGAGGAAACACGAAUAGAUCACGCUGCUCCGUAUGACAGACGGGCUGUCAUAUCUCGUCAGAAUCUACCUGUAUCCCCGAAACCUUCGAAGACAUUAGCGCAACAAUGGCGAUGGGCAAAGGAUUUCGCGUCUACGAAAAGCUAAAGCCACCAAGUCCUCAUUCUCUCAUAUUGGAACAACGAAAUCGAAAGGAAACAGUUUUGUUCGAGUCCCAAGCCGUUGCUGUACUCUCUGCAGAAGAAACAGAAAGUUUAAAGGGAAAAUACACAAAGUUGUUAGACGCGUAUGGAUGCUUAGGUGUCCUGCAAUUAAAUGCUGGAGAAAAUACGCUACUGUACCUUGUUCUUGUUACUGGAUGUUUUUCGGUUGGCAAGAUAGGAGAAUCGGAAGUAUUUAGAAUUAUACAGACACAUUUUGUACCUCUGCAUUAUACGCAAGGCAAUGAGGAUCGGGUGUCAGAAGUUAGAAAGGUUCUUAACUCUGGUACAUUCUACUUUUCUUGGUCUGCUGGACACCAAGAGCCUCUGGAUAUUACUCUUAGUGCACAAAGACGAUAUAAGUCAACAACAACUGAUAACAGAUUUUUCUGGAAUCGCAUGUUACACAUCCAUUUAUUAAGAUAUGGAGUGGACACAAGUUACUGGUUACUUAAGGCUAUGUGUGGCAGUGUAGAAAUUCGAACUGUAUACGUUGGACACAGACAAGCUCGUGCUCUCCUUAUAUCCAGGUUGAGUUGUGAACGAGCAGGCACCAGAUUCAAUGUUAGAGGAACCAACGAUGAUGGCCAUGUAGCAAAUUUUGUAGAAACAGAACAAGUGAUUUACUUAGAUAACGAAGUAACUUCCUAUGUUCAAACUAGAGGUUCUGUCCCUUUAUUCUGGGAACAACCUGGCAUUCAAGUUGGUUCCCAUAAGGUCAAAAUAUCCCGUGGGUUCGAGGCUUCUGCGCCAGCUUUCGAUAGACAUAUGAAUAUGAUCAAACAAAGAUACGGGCAGCAAGUGAUUGUCAAUCUUCUUGGGUCUAGCGGCAUUGGUAGCAAAGAAGGAGAGGCAAUGCUAAGUCAGUUGUUUCAAACUCAUCACAAUAUGUCAGAGCAUACAGAUGUUCCUCACAUUUUAUUUGACUACCACCAAGAGUGUAGAGGUGGAAAUAUGAAAAAUCUAUCAAAAUUAAAGGCAAAAGUAGAAAAAUAUUUAGAAUCUUUUUCAUUAUUUUAUGCUGCUAAUAAUACUGUUAUUUACGAACAAAAUGGGACUAUUAGAACAAAUUGCCUUGAUUGCUUAGAUAGAACCAAUUGUGUACAAACGUUCUUCGCAUUGGAGAUACUCGGUAAACAGCUUGGAUUAUUAAAACUGCUUGAAAAACAACAGAUGGUCUCAAGGUUCGAAGAAGUAUUUAAACAAAUGUGGAUCAACAAUGGUAAUGAAGUAAGCAAAAUAUAUGCUGGUACUGGAGCGAUUCAAGGAAGUUCUAAAUUAAUGGAUGGCGCGAGAUCUGCGGCUAGAACAAUACAAAAUAAUUUAUUAGACUCCUGUAAGCAAGAAGCUAUUGAUAUCUUGUUAUUGGGAUCAACUUUAAACACGGAACUAGCAGACAGAGCUCGAUUACUUUUGCCUUCUAAUAUGCUACAUGCUCCGCCAAGUGUUCUGAGAGAAAUGUGCAAAAGAUAUAACGAAUACGUAACCCCGAUAAAUCUUAGAGUAGGCGUCGGUACUUACAAUGUUAACGGAGGAAAACAUUUUCGAAGCAUAGCAUGCAAAGAUGUUUCCCUUUCCGACUGGUUACUAGAUGCUCCACGUAAAUCACCAACUCUAGUGUCAGUUGAAUAUGACAAUGUUCCUAUAGAUGUAUUCGCGAUAGGAUUCGAAGAAAUUGUUGAUUUAAAUGCUAGUAAUAUAAUGGCUGCUAGUACUGAUAACGCAAAAACCUGGGCGGAGGAAUUGCAGAAAAUACUUUCUCGAGACACGGAAUACGUUCUGGUCACGUAUCAACAAUUAGUUGGCGUUUGUCUUUAUUUAUUCAUACGGCCUGUACAUGCACCUUACUUAAGGGACCUAGCCGUAGAUUGUGUAAAAACUGGAUUAGGAGGUGCAACGGGGAACAAAGGGGCUGCAGCUAUUAGAUGUGUAUUAUAUUCUACAUCUUUUUGUUUCGUUUGCGCGCACUUUGCUGCUGGGCAGUCUCAAGUUAACGAGCGUAAUGCAGAUUACGCGGAAAUUACACGAAAAAUUACCUUUCCCAUGGGAAGAACAUUGAACACUCACGACUAUGUGUUCUGGUGCGGAGAUUUUAAUUACAGAGUUGACAUGGACAAAAAUGAAAUGAAAGAGAUGAUCAAAAGGAACGAAUUUGAUCAAAUAUUACAACAUGAUCAAUUGAAGGUCCAACAAGAUCAGGGAAAUGUUUUCAAAAAUUUCUUGGAAGGCCCUAUUACCUUCGCGCCAACGUACAAAUACGAUCUUUUCUCCGAUGAUUAUGACACCAGUGAAAAAUGCCGUCAACCUGCAUGGACCGAUAGAGUCUUAUGGAAACGUAGGAAACAAGUACCUGAUAUAGAUUCACCGACGGACUGGAAUCCAGGAAAAUUAAUUCAUUAUGGUAGAGUAGAAUUGAAGCAAAGCGACCAUCGACCAGUCAUUGCAAUAGUCGAUGUAGACAUCCAUUGCGUCGAACCCGAAAAACGGGAGCAUGUAUUUAGAGAAGUCAUCCAAGAUCUAGGUCCACCAGAUGGUACCAUAGUAGUAAAAGCAGUGGAGGAAUCCGACGACAUGGAUAGUGUGUUUGAUGGAAAUUUCAUGACGGCUCUGUUUCAAGAUUUUUCCCACAUUGGCGAUGUAAUUCUCGUCAGAUUUGUCGGUGAAACAAUGUGGGUGACAUUCAGAGAUGGACAAUGUGCAUUGUCAGCAGCAAGGAAGGGCAUGACUCAAGUAUGUGGUCAGACGUUAAAAUUAUCUUUGAAGUCUCCAAAUUGGGUACAACUUAUCGAAAAAGAAAUAGAACUUUGCAGCAACACCACUGUUGCGCAAUUUACUUCAACCUCUCCAGUAAGGAGCCCUAUGCAAAGAUUAGAACAAUUGGACAUAACGGAACGAUCUUCUCCUAGUAGAGGUAGCCCAAACGGAGUUGUUCCACCACCUAGACCAGCACCACCAGGUCGACCGUCUCAGCCACCCAAGAGCCCGGUACAAGAUCGAAAACAAGGACCACGUGCUGGUGUAUUCAGCGUAUUACCCAAUCAAUUCCCAACGCCGUUAUCUAGAGAAAGAGUAGAGCCCGAACAAAGUGAAAGGCUAUCUCCAGAAUCUGCAAUUUAUGAAGAAAUAAUGGAUGGAUCUCCUAGUUAUCCCAUACCAAACCGUCCGCCACCGCCGUUACCUCGCACAGAUGCUUCGCAAGAGUCAUCUAGUAGGCCACCUAAUUCUAAACCUCCUCCUCUACCGCAAAGACAAGCUCCGCCUCCGCCUCAACAUCCUCCGCCUAGUUUACCCGCGUCAAACGUUCCACCCCCCAUACCAGCAAGAACAUCAGGCGGGCCACCUAUUCCGGCUAGAAAUCCACAUUAAAUAACGGUAUAUAUCAUUCCGACGUGAAUCGAAUCACUAGAUGUUAUUGUGUAGCUAAUUAUUUAUGAAUGUUGAUAGAAAUUAUAGGUGAAAUAGUUUGCUUCCAAUUAACGUUGUACAGCUGUGUAGCCUACCGUAAACCUCAAGUUUAUUCUGUGAUUAGUCAGACUCUGUUUCCAUGCACUCUGAGAACUUUUGCUUCCUGUCGUGCAGCAACAAUAUUCGUUACUGCUCGUUAAUAUAGUCAUUAAGACUAAUGAAAUAAUAAUUAUGUUAACGAAUUCUAUGCUGUUAAAAAUGUCAUAUAAAUAUACCGUUUAAAAAAAUGUAUAAUGGCGGAAUGUUAGAAUGUCAUUAUUAUUAUUGUUGUAUCCUGCAUUUUGAACAAACAAGCCCCGAAACAGUUACACUUCUAUGAUAGAUUAAUUUAUAUAGAAUCAACGUUAAAACUGUUUACUGACUACGUCUGUUUCUUGUUGCAUCUUAUCAUAUUUUUCUAAAUAAAAAAAAAAAAAUACAAAAGACAACAUUGAUAGUUAACAUAAUUUUUGAGAAUUAAAGUUAAACGCGUGACUUAAGUUUACUACUGGUUAUAAUAAUAAGGAAAAUAAUACUCAGAUAACAGUAUUCUUAUAAAAUAUUCUCCAUAUAUGUAUUGUAUGUAUAAAAUAUAUACAAUCGUUGACCAAGCAAUAUUCUUUUAAGUUAAUAGUAAUACAAUGAAUAAUAGCAAAUAUAAGAGAUUGUUAUGGUAGCGUAAAAAUAUUAAGUAAUAUACUUCCAAUUCAAAACACUCUUAGAAAGAACAAAAUCAAUACUAUAUUUAUUUUGUAGCUUCAUGUAUUGUAUUAUUGUACAUAUACAUAUAAAAAUUGAUACAAGAUAGAAGUAAAUCGAGAUUCUGUUUACACAACGAAGAAAGCAUUCUUAAUUACCUUGCAAGAUUUGAAAUAAUAAGUACGUCAUACGCGCCUGUUAUACUUUACGAAAUGAUCAUGCUACAAGACACGCAAAAUGUUCAAUUUGAAAAGAACAAUGAAAAUACAUGAUUUUAAGAACGUUUGUCAUUACAUUAUGUAUUAAAUUUGAACGAAAGUGUAAAUAGAGAGGGCUUCGGUAAAACAUGUCUUGUAAUUAAUGCACGUUUUCCAAAUACUCAUAAUAGUUAUCUUAUUGCUCCUUUCCAAAAUUUGACUAAACUACAAAUUUAACGAUAGAUUAACGAAAGAGAUUCACAUACAUUUCACAAUAACACGAAGCACAGGAAUGUAAAAAAAUAUUGACUUUUAUAAAAAAUGUUUGUUUAUUUAUUUCAGCAGUAUAAUGAGACUGAUCUCUAAAUCUGUAACUAAUCCUAGCAUUGUCAUUCGUUUGGCAGGUAGAGCAAUAAUGACAGCUCGUUAAACAUUAUCUAGUAAUAUGUAUAAAAAAGGUAUUACAAAAAUUUAUUAUCAAAUUUGAUUUGUAUAUAUACUGUAAACACAGAGAACUGUGUCUGUCAUUAAAAUAUAAACAUUUGCGAGAGAAAUGAUUGAUUUCGAAAACGAUUAUAGAAAUGUAGAUCCAUUCAACAGAGACAUAGUCCUUUUAGCAAAUAAAUUAUAUACAAAAAGAUAUCGCUAAAGUAAUAGCUAACUAGUUUCUGGUUAAUAUACUAAAUACAGUUAGCAGAAACCGAGUGUCUUUUCAUUUGCAAAUAGUAUCUGCUUUUACCUUUAAAAAUGAAUUUUGCAAUUCUUGAAUGUUUGAUCCUUUUAGGUUAAUAUCGACCAUUAUUUAAGACAGAUCAAUAAGUUAAAAACUAUCCCAUUGCGAGAAAGUGUCACGAAGUUUUACAUACAAAAAAAAGAAA